AUGCGGUGGCGGCUGCCGGGCGGCCGAUCGACCCUCCCCGCCAGCGUCGCCCUCCUCCUACUCCCCAUACUGGUGGCUCCGCAGCAGCACCCAGAACCUCAUGACUCUGCCUCUCGAGUCUCCGUGCCCUUAGCGGCGGGAGCAGACCCCUCUAUACAUAACACAGCCCCCGUGGCUGAACCCAUCGUGAAAACUAACGAUGCGAGCGCCCUGGCAACUCUGGCUCUGGCGGGCUCCGGCCGCGCCGUUCGAGCCCCUCCUGUCCAGGCCAGCAGUACUGCUGCCGGUCUGGCUUCGCAGCUUCACGCGCGGUCCUUGCAGGACUGGGAGGUUGAGGACUUUGUGCUGUUGGCGACCGUCGACGGAACCAUUCACGCCCGAGACCGAAAGACGGGCACUGCUCGUUGGGCUCUCGAGGUUCCCAGCAGCCCCUUGGUCGAAAGCAUCUACCAUCGUGCUAAUCGUACCAGCUUCGACGAAACCGAGCCGGAGGAUGACUUCCUGUGGAUUGUCGAGCCUAGCCAGGAUGGCAGCUUGUACAUCUACAGCCCCGGACAGGAGGCUGGGUUACAGAAGCUUGGCCUCACGGUCAAGCAGUUGGUGGAUGAGACACCCUACUCUGGCACCAAACCCGCCGUGACCUAUACUGCCCGGAAAGAAACCACACUUUACACCAUUGAUGCUCGCACUGGGAGUAUCCUGCGGGUCUUCAGCUCGCGUGGGCCUUUCACAGCCGGGCAAGAAUGCCGAAAGGUGGACGGACAAGAUUUGGACCCGGAAGAGUGCGAAACAACCUCUGGUACCUUGGUGCUUGGCCGGGUCGAGUAUGCCGUGGCCAUUCAAAAUACCGAGACUGGUGAUCCGAUCUGCACAUUGAAGUACUCGGAAUGGGCGCCGAAUAACCGAGACAUGGAUCUCCAGAGCCAGUAUCUCCGUACCAUGGACCAAAGCCAUGUCUACAGUAUGCACGAUGGAGUCGUAUUGGGGUUUGACCAUUCCCGCAUGGAUCGCCCUCGCUAUACACAACGUUUCUCAUCGCCGGUGGCACGUGUAUUCGAUGUCGUCCGACCAGCCAACAAAGACGCACCGGAUGCCUCGACACCGCUGGUCCUCCUGUCGCAGCCGCUGCAGCCGCCGGACCCCGACUACGGCUCCUUAGACGAGCGUGACCUGCGCGUGUUCAUUGAUUCCACCAAUGCUGGUGGAUGGUAUGCCCUGUCCGAAGAGACAUACCCCCUCGUCACUGGUCGCGCCCGAAUGGCUCCGGUAUACGACAAGGACUUCUUUCGUCGGGGACAGUCUCUCAUGAGCCUGACUCCAAACCAGCAGCGAGAUGCCCUGGCUGGUGUGCACUCACUGAACGGCCCACGCAUUGUCCCGCCCAUCCCACGACUCGCGGGCUCGUCCACGACCGAACUCUCCAACGACACCCCUCGGGGUGUCCUUCGCAGUCCCUCUGAAUUGGCCCUUCCUCCGGCCCUGCGACACAGCACAAUCAUCCGCAAGAGCUGGGACAAUGCACUGGACAUCGCUGUCACUCUUGUGUUGUUGUUCAUCUGCACAUUCAUUUAUUUUAACUCUCACCAUAUCCGAGACCUCGCGAAGCAAAAGCUUGAUAUUAAGAACAUCAUCAACUCAAAUGAAAAAGGAUCCAUGUCGACUCCAGCUACCCCGAUUGUUGGCGGAGCGCCCGAUAUCAAGCGGGCAUCGACUCCAACUCGACCGGUGCCUGAUGUAACCGUGGACGUGGAUUUGACUGAUUCUCCUGAUGGCGAUGCCACUCCGCGUCCCUCGCGAGAGAGCAGUGUUCCGGCCGGAAACUCGAUUCCUCGGGUUCAGUUCGACGAUGGGGAUGCCGACGACCAAGAAAACGAUAAGCCGGCCAACAAAAAGAAUCGCAAGCGUGGUACACGCGGUGGGAAAAGCCAUAAACGUCGCCGGAAGCCUGGCACCGAAGGCGAUGCGAUUGACCAGGCCAACCAGGUCGUGGAACAGGUCAAUCGUCUAGCCCCGCAGGCUCGACUGGAACCCGAUGUGCAGCUCAGUCGCACUGUAUCAAACGAGAUCACGGAGAUGGAUGGUGUCAUCCGGAUCGGACGACUGGAGGUCUUCACUGACGUUGUUCUUGGCCACGGCAGCCAUGGCACUGUUGUUUAUCGUGGCUCGUUUGACGGCCGAAACGUGGCGGUUAAGCGCAUGCUCAUGGAAUUUUACGAUAUCGCUUCACACGAAGUUGGACUGCUGCAGGAAAGUGAUGACCAUCACAAUGUCAUUCGAUACUUCUGUCGUGAGCAGGCGGCCGGUUUCUUGUAUAUCGGCCUGGAGCUGUGUCCAGCCUCUCUGCAGGAUGUCACUGAACGACCGACUCAGUUCCCAGAACUGGUUCAGGGCGGCUUGGACAUGCCUGACGUGCUCCGCCAGAUCACGCAAGGUGUUCGGUAUCUGCAUUCCCUUAAGAUCGUCCACCGGGAUCUGAAGCCGCAGAAUAUUUUGGUGGCCAUGCCCCGUGGCCGAACCACGUCGCCGGCCCUUCGACUGCUUAUCUCUGACUUUGGUCUGUGCAAAAAGCUGGAGGACAACCAGAGUUCUUUCCGUGCCACGACCGCCCACGCUGCCGGUACCUCGGGCUGGCGUGCCCCCGAGCUGCUGGUCGAUGACGACACUGGACCGCUGAGUCUCGCAUCGCAACAUACAGAGUCUUCGGAGCCCGCUGUUGUCGACCCGCAAACCAACCGCCGUGCCACUCGUGCCAUUGACAUCUUCUCUUUGGGCUGUGUGUUCUACUAUGUCUUGACUCGUGGUAGCCAUCCGUUCGACAAGAAUGGCAAAUUCAUGCGCGAGGCUAAUAUUGUCAAGGGUCAAUUUGACCUGGAGGAGCUUAACCGGUUGGGUGACUACGCCUUUGAGGCCGAUGAUCUCAUUCGCUCCAUGUUGUCUCUUGACCCACGUCUACGCCCCGAUGCAAGCGCCGUUCUGAUGCAUCCCUUCUUCUGGCCGCCGUCAGAUAGACUCAGUUUCCUCUGUGACGUGUCCGAUCAUUUCGAGUUUGAACCUCGCGAUCCUCCGUCGGACGCCUUGCUCUGCCUGGAAUCGGUGGCUCGGGAUGUGAUGGGGCCGGAGAUGGAUUUCUUGCGCGUGCUCCCCCGGGACUUCAAGGAUAAUCUGGGCAAGCAGCGCAAGUACACUGGUUCGCGCAUGCUCGAUCUCCUACGUGCGCUUCGCAACAAGCGCAACCAUUACAACGACAUGCCGGAGUACCUGAAAGCGCAUAUCGGAGGACUACCAGAGGGAUACCUCAACUUCUGGACGGUGCGCUUCCCGAGUCUGUUGAUGAGCUGUCAUUGGGCCAUCACGGAACUGGAAUUGACACAGAUCGACCGGUUCCGUCGUUAUUUCACGCUGCCAGAGUAG